AUGCGAUCUUUGAGCGAACGUAUGCGAACGGGACGUGACAGUGCCCUCCCCCCCGGGGCAAACCAGGCAACCGAGGCCACCCCGCCACCCCCACGGCAUAAGGGCCCACGGCCACGCAUCCCCGAGACAACCACCCGCCCAACCCCCAUACAGGGAGGCCUGCAGAGGGGGGACAGGCGGCGAGCCCCCCAGACCCGCCUGCAACCCCCCCCACCGAGGAAAGUGGGUCCAAGGCUGAAGGGCCCCACCAACCAGGACCACCACCCCCCCCACACACACACUGGAGGGGCCCCAGCCCGUCCCCCGGUCGGACGGAUUGCCGCCAACCGGAUCGCCGCCCAAACCGAACCACCCAAUCCGCCCAGCAGGGCCCAGAGCGUCCCAAGAUUCCCUGGACCGCCCACCAGGGCCCCACCAUGGCGCAGCAGAGCCAAGGACCACCCAGCCUGCAGCCCACGAGAGGAGGCCGCCCACAACGGCCAGGGCCGCCUGCAUCCCCCCAUGAUGGAUCUUCCACCCGGCGGGCCACCUCACCCGCGCAGAGCCAGAGACAGAGAGUUAGCGGGGCCCCUCAGCCCCCAUCGCCUCCCCGUCCCAUAUCCCCGACUGGCCCCGAUUAGUCCCCAUCCCCGACCACGCACAGCCGGCAGGGGCGGCCAAUCGGGGUGUUCAGGGGCGCCGCAGGCAGCAGGGUCCCGCCCCACCACGCCCGAUGAGACCACAGCUAGCAGCCACAGACGGGACAACCCCAGGCCCCCCGGCAAACGGGGAUCUGGUCCAGCCAGGCGGGGUGACCCCAGGCCCCCCCCAAGCAAGGCAGAGGCUCCCCCCACCGCCUCCCCCAACCACCCCACAGCGCCCGAAGGCCCCAUGCCGGAAUCGCCAAUGGCAGACACCGACCUGCCCCCACCAGGCAAUGGGCCCGGGUAG